AUGUAUACCAAUCUUUUGACGGCGGCUAGUCUUAGUCUUUGUGCUGUGGUGCUUGCGGGACCCCAGUUGGAGAGACGGCAAGAUGUGGAUGUCUCCGCCAUCGCCUCAUCCCUCUCCUCUCUCUCCUCCGCCCUAACCCCCAACCCCUCCAUCGCCUCCCAACUAACCGGCAUCCCCACCUCCAUCCAAGCCCUCCAAUCCUCUCCAGCCGGACUUUCCCAAGUAGCCCAAGAAUUCGCCACAUCUAUCCCUGCCUGGUUCCUCUCGCUCUCCCCCGACGCCCAAAGCUACGUGAUCAACGCCGGCGCUGCACGCGAAACUGUCUUUAGUCUCGAGGCUUUGUUAACUGGUACCGGUGGCGCUACCGGUACUGGUAGCGUCACCGCGACUCCUACUCCUACUCCCACUCUCACUCUCACACCUACAUUUACAGGCGUGAUAAAUGGAACGACAGCAACGCUAGUACCGCUCGGUACAGGUGCAUUGACUACGGCGAGUGGGAGUGCAAGUGGAAGUGCAAGUGGAAGUGGAAAUAGUACAGUAACAACGAAAAAGCUGUCAAGCACGACAGCAUCAGAGACGAUAUCAGAAACAGAGACAAAGACAACAGGAACAAGUGAGAAAACGACUACGAGUGGAGGAAGUGGAGGAUCGACGGCAAAAGCAAGUCCGCUUUCUAGUUCGAGUAAGGCGGGAGCGGCUCAGGUGACUGGGGCUGUGGGGUUGGGGUUGGCGGGAUUGGCGGGUUUGGUUUGGGCGUUGUGA